AUGGGGCGUGAGAUCAUCAACGUCCAGGUGCGCAGCGCUGGAAAUCAAGUCGGAGAGAGCUUUUGGCGUAUGCUCCUUGCGGAGCACGGCCUUGAUGACGAAGGGCACUUCCAAGGGAAAGACCCUCUACAAAUCGCGAGGGCGAAUGUGUUCUUCACCGAGAUAGAGCACCCUGGCAUCUCGGCCAGCAAGUAUGUCCCGCGGAGCGUUCAGAUUGAUCUGGAGGAGGGUGUGUGCAAUCGCGUCAGAUCGGGGCCUUUGGGCCACCUGUAUCGCCCCGACACGUUCGUGACGGGGAACAACGGAGCGGGAAACAACUGGGCGAAAGGAUUUUACACGGAGGGCGCGGAGCUCAUGGAUAACAUCUUGGAAGUCGUCCGCCGGCAGGCCGAGAACUGCGACAUGCUUCAAGGCUUCCAGAUCAUCCAGUCUCUUGGGGGUGGGACAGGCUCCGGCCUCGGGUCACUGAUACUUUCCAAAUUCCGAGAAGAAUUCCCCGACAGGAUGCUCGCCACGUACUCUAUCAUGCCCUCGCCUAAGGUCUCCGAGACGGUUGUCGAGCCGUAUAAUGCUCUUUUGUCGGUCCACCAACUCGUGGAAAACAGCGACAUGACGAUCUGCAUUGACAACGAGGCCCUGUACGACAUGACGCAACGAACGCUGAAAGUGAAACAGCCGUCCUUUGACGAUCUUAAUAGCAUCGUGUCGCAAGUCAUGUGCGGUGUCACUACGAGCCUCCGCUUCCCCGGCCAGCUGAACGGUGAUCUCCGCAAGCUUGCGCUGAACCUCAUCCCCUUCCCUCGUCUCCACUUCCUCAUGCCCAGCUAUGCCCCACUCUUUGACCCCAAGUCGAAGGCAUUCCACCGCUGGAACGUCAAGGACUUGACGAACGCUGUGUUUGACCGUGCUAACCUCUUGACGGCGUGCGACCCUCGCUUUGGUCGCUACCUUACCGCCGCUACAAUCUUCCGAGGCAAUAUUUCAUCCCAAGAAGUAGAGCAGUCUAUUCUCGAUCUACAGCGGAAGAACGCGUCACAGUUCGUUGAGUGGAUCCCUGAUAACGUAUCAGUGUCUCUUUGCUCUGUUCCGCCCGUGGGACAUGCUUCCGCAGCGACUUGCCUUGCAAACUCAACUGCUGUCCAGGAGGUCUUUAAGCGCAACCUUGCUCAGUUCUCUGCUAUGUACAAGCGUGGUGCUUUCCUGCACUGGUACACAGGCGAGGGCAUGGACGCCAUGGAGUUCUCGGAAGCCGAGAGCAAUACCCAAGAUCUCAUUGCCGAGUACCAGCAGUACCAAGAAGCUCUGGCGGAAGACGAGAAUGCGGAGUACGAAGGCGAGGCAGAGGAAUAA